GGUGCCCUUGGAGUAUCCCAGGACUUCCCUGGAGUCCUGCUGGAGCAUCCCAGGGUGCCCCCACCCCCGUGGGUGCCCCUGCCCCUGAGCCCCUCCCUCUCUGCCCCCCAGAUCUCCGGUACAACGUGUCCCUGGAGGAGCGGAUCCCGGGAUCCCGCGCCGCCUUCGACUCGGGCUCCCGUCGGCUGCUCCAGCGCCGGAUCGAGCUUCCCCUGGGAAGGCAGAGCUGCAUCCGUGUCCCCUUCCACGUCCUGGACACCUCGGAUUACCUGCGACCCCUCGGCCUCACCCUCAGCUGGGCCCUGGACGAGUCCACGGGGCCGGUGCUGGAUGAGGCGUCUCCCACCUCCCUCCGCAAGCUGAUCCCGUUUUUCAAGGACUGUGGGGAGGACGACGAGUGCGUCACCGACCUGGUGCUCCGGGCCAGCGCGGACAUCGCCGGCUCCAGGCAGAGCCCCCACAUCCUACGGAAGGGCCGGAGGCGGAUGCUGGUGCGGGUGGAGCUGGAAAACCGGGAGGAGAACGCCUACAACGCCAGCCUGUGGCUGCGGCUCUCCGGGAAUCUCCACUUCUCCAGCCUCGUGCUCCAGGAUCCCGGCGCGGUGAAGUUGGAAUGCUCGGGGCUGGGGGGGCACCGUUGGCGCUGCAGCGUCGGGUACCCCGUGUUCCGCUCCCAUGCCAAG